AUUCCACUACUUCCCUUUCGCUCACACUUGCCAACACAUUCACACCAGUCAAGUGCUUUGCUUGCAAAUAUACACUAAUAUUAUUACAAUGUCGCAGCUCCACGUAAAAUCACCAAAACACUGCGCAGCCAAGCAAGGCCUGCAGUGGAGGCUCACCGGCCACCACUUCAAGAAGCUCUUCUUCACCUUCUCAACCCUCCUCACCCUCUUCCUCUCCCUCAUCCUCCUCGUCUGGCUCAUCCUCCGCCCUUCCAAGCCCCUCUUCUCCCUCAAGCAGGCCGAGGUCUACCGCCUCGACCUCCUCUCCUCCCCUCACCUCCUCAACUCCUCCCUCCAGCUCACCCUCCUCUCCUCCAACCCCAACUCCCGUGUCGGCAUCUACUACGAUGACCUCUCCCUCUACGCCUCCUACCAUGGCCAGCAGAUCACCGCCGACUCCCCCGUCCCUCCCUUCUACCAGGGUCAGAAGGAGGCCAACCUCAUCACUGCAUCCCUCGUCGGUUCCAACCUCCCCGUGGCCACGUCCUUCCCGUACGAGGUUGCAAGGGACCAGACGACCAGGAGGCUUGCCCUUAAUGUUAAGGCGAAUGCUCGGAUCCGGUGGAAGGUCGGGACGUGGGUUUCAGGUCGGUACCGGCUGAAUGUAAACUGCCUAGUGGUUAUGGACUUUGGGCCCACCAUCCCAUCGGGUCCGGUGAGCACCCGGCAAGGGAGUCAGUGCACUACUAUUGUUUAAAUAUACGAGUUAAGCUUUUUUUUUUUUGGUUAAUUAGGUUACUUUUUCAAGUUUGUGAUGAAUCAUAAUUAGAUUGAUUAUAAUACAGUGUGUAUAUGUAUAUAUGUAGCUUGCUGUGGUGAUUAUAUUAUUGCUUCUGUAUAGCUUAGCAUAUGUCAGACAGAUAUAUAUAUAUAUAUAUAUUUUGAUAAUUGUCUGAUA